UGCCAGGAAAAAAAAUACAUAAAAAGGCCCUAAACAAGUUACUUUAUGGGACCAAAUAGACGAUUCAGCAGGUGGAUUUUCUUGGAUAAGGAAAAAAGGCUUUUUUCUGGGAGAAAUAGCAAAAAAAGUGGAGAAUCCUUAUUUUUUCUUUUAAAUCAUGUCUACAAACAUAACAAUUGGCCUAAAGAGGCCAGAUCGGUCUUUAAGACAGUAAGAAUAUUGGGAAAUUGUGUUCUGGAAAGUUGUUUUCCAGGAAAUAAGGAUAAUAUAUAUAUACAGCCUAAAACAAUGAAUAAAGUUAGAGAUCAAUAUGAUUUACAUGUUUUGAAGGGAAUGAUGAAUUAUUUAUGGAUAAAAUAUCAUGUAUUUAAAGAGGGAAAUCUUAAAAUGCAAUUGGAUACCUAUUUGAUCUACAUAUUUGCUGGAUAUUAUCAAAAAUAUGAGUUAAACAAGAUAUUCAUUGUUUUUGAAACAGUAAAAUGGCAUUUUUUUAGACUUUUUCAUGAAAAAUAUGUAAAAUGGAUGAAGAUAAUAUCUGGCAGAUGGUUAUAUAGUAAGAUGUUAGUUAAAAAUUUAGAGAAAAGAACAAAUUGUCAAGAAAAUCCAAAACUUUUUAUAUUUUAUCAACCAAAUGUCUAUUUUACAGGCUUGAAUUAUAUAGAUCUAUAUAUAAAUAGUAGAAACAAGGAGAUUUCCAGUAAAAGGAUUCAAAAACAAGCAAAUAUAUAUAAUAUGUGGAAAAGAAAUAGUCUUUAUCCACUAGAACAAGAUAAAAAGCUUAUCUAUAGAAAUUGGAAUGAAAUAUUAAAGAUUAAAACAAUAAGAAGGAUAUAUGGAAGCAAAGUUUUUCAGAGAUCAUAUACAAAAGCUCAAAAUAAAUAUUCUAACAUAAUACAAGAUAUCCAAGACUAUAUAGGGAAAAAAAAAUAUAAUAAUUGCAAUAAAAUCUUAUCAGAAGAUAUUUCUUUAAUACAGGUUAAUGAUUUAAAGCAAUUUCAAUGUUAUAUUGAAUCUUUACUUGAAAAUGUUUCAAAACAAGGCGAUAUAUAUAUUAUGAAUAAGAUUCUAAGAUUACUUGGGAAGUUAGAUCAUGGAAUGAUUGACCAAUCAUAUUUUUUAAUCAAAACACAUCUCAAUUUGCUUCUUAAUACAUCUCCAAAAGAUUCAUAUCAAAAAUUGCUUCCAAAAUAUAAUUCAGAGACAACAUUUUUCUAUGAUUCUUUUAAAUCAUCUCUUCCUAAAGUACCAACUAUUUCUCAUUGGAAACUUAUACUUCAAUUCUAUAUUAAAGCAAAUGCGAUAAAUUCACUCAGCUUUUCUUCUUCUCUUCUUAUAAAUUCAUUAUUGCAAAUCCAAAUAUCAAAAUUAAAACCAUCUCCAGAGAUAUAUUUUAUGGUUAUUUAUGCUUUAGUGGUUUCACCAGAAUUCAGACCAUUAGGAUCAGAUUGCUGCCAAAAAACACAGUCUAUAAAUACUACUAUUCGUAUCAAAAAGGUAUUAGAAGUAGUAAAAUUAAUAAGUAAUGAAAUAGAUUUUGAUAUUGACAAAGAAAAAUUACUUCAUGCACUAUAUUUAGCAUGUUGUCCUUCAAUAACUGAAGUAUUAGAGUAUACUACUAAUCCAAUAUCAUCUUUAGGAAAUCAGAAUUCUAACAAUUCAAGUUUAAUUCUAGAUCCAAGAGCUUUUUUGAUAGAAGAUUUAAUGAUUCUGCAUAAAAUACCUUAUUCUUUCAAUUUUGAAAAGCUUAGAUUUACAGUACUAGCAUCAUGUAAACUUUGGAGUAUAUUUUGGAAACGAUUCAAAGAUAUUUCUGUGAGAGAGCCUCAAAAAGACGAGAAUUUCUAUGUUUUAAUAUUUAAGUUAAUCAAUGAUUCAAAAAAUAAAAAACAAAUACGAUUUGCAUUAGAAACAAUAUGGCCUUUAAUAUGUGAGCAAUUAAAAAUCAAUGUUACACCGAAAAUUGCAGAUAUUAUUAACAAGCUUAGAAAUCAUAAGUCGUGAUCAAAAGUUGUAUAAAAACAUAAUGAAUAUAACAAAAGUCCCAAU